UCUCUAUAGUCUAUGACAAAAAAAUGACAGAUCAUCAAACCACGGGAUUGGGGAUGUGAUUUAUUUAUUUUUAUAAUUUUCUGUGAGAAAAAGCUGGGUAUUAUUUCAAAUUUAACAGUAUCAGGUGAUUUUCUUGUUAGAACUGAUAGUAAAAGUUCUCCAAUACCGUUUUCUAUAAGCUCGAGUGAAGUUUUGUCGUGUCACACUGGGAACGUCAUUGGGCGAUGCCGGAGACGAGCGAAGCGCGGGCGAGCGCGUCAGCGCCGGGAGGCAAUGCUGACGGGGAGGAAGACAAACAUGAUGAGCGUAUGUUGGAAUGCAACAUCUGCCUGGACACGGCUCGGGACGCCGUCGUCAGCAUGUGCGGACACCUGUUCUGUUGGCCAUGUUUGCACCAGUGGCUGGAGACGCGGCCGAGCCGGCAGGUGUGCCCCGUGUGCAAGGCGGCCAUCAGUCGCGACAAAGUGAUCCCGCUGUACGGCAGGGGCAACACUAAACAGGAGGAUCCUAGGAAUAAGGUGCCACCGCGGCCGGCGGGGCAGCGCACGGAGCCCGAGAACACGACCGGCUUCCCCGGCUUCGGGUUCGGCGAGGGCUUCCACAUGUCUUUCGGCAUCGGCGCCUUCCCCUUCGGUGUGUUCACGUCCACCUUCAACUUCGGUGAUCCCAGACCCAGUGCCGCUCCCCGCGGCACGGCGCAGUAUGAGGAGGAGCAGUUCCUGUCGAAGAUAUUCCUGUGGGUGGCCAUCCUGUUCGUGCUGUGGCUGAUCUUCGCAUGACCGCCGGGCAGGCCCCGCCGGCCCCGGGCCGCGCGAUGCUCCCCGCUGACUUGCCUCCGACACCGCUCUGCGUUUCGGUAUGUUUACACUUUGCUCGAUCCUACCCAAAUUCUCCCCAUUUCCUUUCCAAGUAAUUUUAAGAAAUUCUCGGUGGAGUUGUCCACCCCGAAAAGGUGCGAUUGUAUAAAAUGUUUUGUAUUGUAAUCGUAUUUGAGCUGUUCACAUGUGAAUGUCUCAGCUAAGAUAUCGUCUUACUUACGUUGUUGUGACAAGUUCAGUAGGGCUAAGUGGGAGUGAGACGUCGUAACAGACAGUUGAUAUUUCAUUUUAGUCCGUCAUAUCAGUGUAAUUAGGUCGGAAUUCGACAGCUCACAUGAAAUUGAUAGAAUCGAUUGAAGUUAAUUUGUAGCAUAUUGUGGGACGACAAUGUAUAGCAAGAUUUAAAUGAUAUUGUAGUAAAUUGAUAUAUUUAUCUACAACUUUUGCAAGUAUGAAAUGGUCAACAUUUAUUUUGUUAUUGUAUAAAAUGUUGGAUUAGCAAGUCUGUAAUGUUAAAGAUUUGUAUAACUUAAUACUCAAAGCUAUUGAAAUUGUGUUAACUUUAGUGACUUGCCAUUUCGAUAUCUUAGAGAAUUGCACUGAAACUGUAGGAUUUUUCCAAAUUAGUGUGUUAAAACACCUAUGAUGAUCUAUCGGAUUAAUUUAAAACAUACUUAAAUAUCGUAAAGGUAGCUAAAUAUGUCAGAACGCUGUAAUUCCACUAACAGCCCGUUCUGCAAAAUAAUUGCAAUUAUAAGACACGGAUUAAAUGUUUAAUAAUUAAAUAUGCAAAAUAUGAAGCAAAUAAACUGCUCUCCCUAUCACAGACACAAUAAAGUAAAAUUUGCAAAAAUAUUUAGAAUAAUAGCUUUAAUUUUUACAUCUAGAGACUCAUUGACAUGUUCUUUCGGAACAUUUAGAGCAGAUUCUAAUUCUUUAUUAUUAUUUAUUCGGAUGUAUUUGCUCGAACUGGCAGUGGUCAGGUCAGUAAGGAUCGCGCUAGCACGAGCUUACAAAGCUGAUAAUGAUAUGAGCGAAUACCCCGUAAGUUUUGAACCGCUCUUACGUCAUUUUUGUACACCAUAAUUAAUUCGGUAACUAUGAAAUAUGAAUUCUACUUAUUUAUUUAUGGCAAUGAUAUGUAAAUGAGUCUUUAGAUAAUUUUAUGGAAUAGAUUUAUUUUAAAAGAAAUCAUGAAAUGAGAGUCUUCAGAACAUCUAAAGGGGAAAGUUUACGACUCGUUAUAAAAAUGUGAUGUAAAUUAUUGUUUGCAAAUGUGAACAUGUCGUCACCGCACUCAUUUAUUUAUUUAGUCUUGUUUGACACUGCCGUAAUGUGGGUCUGCUAUCAAUAGGUUUACUGCACUUCUAACAUGUGAACGAAUCUUUAGUUUACCGAAUGUCGAUAUUUUAUCAACUAUCCAACCUUUCCAUCGAAGUGAUUGCUGACGCCAGAAUUGGAACGUUGAUUCAUAAUGGGGCAGUUCCCAAAAAGUACGCCAAAAUAGACCUUAUGCCUUGUUAUUAGAAGUCUCAGAAACGGCAAGAUACUCGUUCUGGUUCUGGUGUUAACAAUAACAUACAAAAUGUUCUAUGACUCGUAUAGGAUAGGUAGUGGGAAAAGUAUUUAGUCAAAACAUGAUUUCCAGAUUCAUUUGCAAUAAUCUAAGCAGCUAAUAUGUAGUAUUGUUACUCAAUGCAAUGCUAUUCUAAUCGAGUUAUUAUAUCGACUUAAUGUGCACUUAUAUCUAUAAUUAAAUUUCAUUUCGCUUCGAAGCAUGAUUUUGGUGAAUUAAAACUAAUAUUAUCAUGUUACUUAUGUAUAUAAUCCCAUGUUAACGUUACAGGGGCCUUCAUUAUCAGUCGGUACGCUAGUAGGGUAGGUAGGGCUAGUCUGCAACAUCCACUGCUGUAUAACCUUGUAUUUGUGUACAAACUACGUAGACUACUCGAAGCAUUUGAUAAUGGGGCGCAUGAUUAAGCGUCGGAUGAAAAUUCAGCCUUAUUUAUAAAUUGAACACAAGUUGUUGAACUUAGAUGCGGCUUGCUAUUGAACACCAAGAUGUGUAGUUGAGUAAUAUUCAAAUCUUACCUUGCACAAGUUUGCCAUCACUGCGCCACAUACCAGUAACAUUUAUAAUCUGUGUAUUUUGUACACAGUUCAUAGUUAUUAUUAUAUUCGUACUUUUACUGUUAAAUGGACACAAAGCUUAUAGGUUUUGGAUGUCUGAAAUUAUAUUUUAUUUUAGUAUGGAGGUGUGACUACAUAUUGUAUGAUAGUUGUUUGCAUAGCGUUGCGAAUACUCGGAAAGACGUAUAAUAUAUGAAUUGGUAGAUUUUAUGUUAAUAUUCCUGUAAUGAUAAGUGUAUAUAUAAUUAUUGUAUUGUAUAUCAAACUAAUUACGUUGUGAUGGGAGGGUUUGUUUUGAUUGUAAAUUUGAAAAUAAAGAUACGUGAUGCUGA